AUGAGCAGCGCUGUGGUCCUCGCCCACCUCCCAGACCCCAGCAGCAGCUUCAGGGAAGACGCCCCCCGACCCCCAGUCCCGGGGGAGGAAGGAGAAGCACCAUGCCCGCAACUCGCCAGCUCGUUUCUCCCCAAAAGCCAAAGCUUCAAGGCCAUGCCGGUGCCUCCUGCCCCACGGAGGAAUGAGAACGGACUCGGGGAGCCGGAAGGCAGCGCAUCUCCAGACUCCCCUCUGGCCAGAUGGACCAAAUCCUUGCAUUCCUUGUUGGGAGAUCAAGAUGGUGCCUAUCUUUUUCGGACCUUCCUGGAAAGGGAAAAAUGUGUGGAUACCUUAGACUUCUGGUUUGCCUGCAAUGGCUUCAGGCAGAUGGACCUUAAGGAUACCAAAACUUUAAGAGUAGCCAAAGCUAUAUACAAAAGGUACAUCGAGAACAACAGCAUCGUCUCCAAGCAGCUCAAGCCUGCUACCAAGACCUACAUAAGGGAUAGCAUCAAGAAGCAGCAGAUAGAUUCUAUCAUGUUUGAUCAGGCACAGACUGAGAUUCAGACUGUGAUGGAGGAAAAUGCUUACCAGAUGUUUUUAACUUCUGAUAUAUACCUCGAAUAUGUAAGGAGUGGAGGAGAGAAUCCUGCUUACAUGAACAGCAAUGGACUGGGGAGCUUAAAAGUUGUCUGUGGCUAUCUCCCGACCUUGAAUGAAGAAGAGGAAUGGAGCUGUGCAGACUUUAAAAACAAAAUCUUGCCUUCAGUAGUUGGACUAUCCAGCAAGACAUUGAGGGUUACGGCGAAUGUCAGAGCUACGGAAAUGAUCGAGAACGGAUACAGGUCCUUCAAGAGGAAUGAUCCUGUUAACCCAUACCAUGUGAAUUCUGGCUAUGUUUUUGCCCCAGCAACCAGCGCGAACGAUAGUGAAAUAUCUAGUGAUGCCCUGACGGACGACUCCAUGUCAAUGACGGACAGCAGCGUAGAUGGGAUCCCCCCGUACAGAAUUGGGAGCAAGAAGCAGCUCCAGCGGGAAAUGCAUCGGAGCGUCAAGGCCAACGGUCAAGUUUCUCUACCUCAUUUUCCGAGGACCCACCGUCUUCCCAAGGAGAUGACCCCGGUGGAGCCGGCCGCCUUCGCCGCGGAGCUCAUUUCCCGGCUGGAGAAGCUGAAGCAGGAGCAGGAAACCAUGGACAGUCUGGAGGAGAGGCUGCAGCAAAUCAAGGAGGACGAGGAGAAGGAGGGCUCGGAGCUCCCUGCCAGCCUGCAGAGCAGUCGGGAGAUGGCGAACCCCCCCGCCUGCCAGCCGCCCGGCAUGGGCCGGCACAGCCCCCGUGCCCGUUCCCCCGACCGCCUACCGAUGGGCAAGCUGCAGCCCAGCGUGGCCUCGCCAGCGGCGUGCGCCUUGGUGGGUAAGGGAUUCAUCACCAAGCAGACCACCAAGCACGUCCACCACCACUACAUCCACCACCACACCGUGCCCAAGACGAAGGAGCAGAUCGAAGCGGAGGCGGCUCAGCGGGUGCAGUGCUGCUGCCCGGCGGGCAGCGACUACUACUGCUACCCCAAGUGCAAGGGCCACCCGAAAAGCAUGGACCCCCCUCUCCCUCCGCUGGAGCCCUUUGGGUAAGUCGUGAGCAUCUCUCCAUUGCCGGGGCGCGUCGCCCUGCCGGCCGGGGACGGGGGGCUGCCCGGCCCCAGUGGGGUGCAGCUCCCGGGGGGCGAGGCGGACCGGGCGCAGAACGUCUGGCAGUGGAUGCUGGAGAGCGAGAGACAAAAUAAGCACAAGCCCCAUAGCACACAAAGCACAAAGAAGGCCUACAACUCCGACUUCACCAAGGGGGCCCCCGGCCGCCACCAACCGUGGGGGACUGGGGGUGGUCCUGGUCCCGCGGUGGGGUUUGGGGGGCAGCAGGGGCAGGAGAGGUUGGCGGGGCGCUGGUUGCGCUCCUCUUCAGCCCAGGCUGGGGCUGAAGGCGGCGGAUGUUCAACCUCAAAUCAGCAGAGGGAUCGAAACCACUCCGCUGCCGUUCAGGGGGGAAACACCCCUUUCUGCAAUGCAAGUCUAACGACAGAAGAUCACAAAGAGCCAAAGAAACUGCCAGUUGUUCACACCUCUCAGUCUAGUGAGUUGGUUGUCACCUAUUUUUUUUGCGGAGAAGAAAUUCCCUACAGGAGGAUGUUAAAGGCCCAGAGCCUGACACUUGGGCACUUUAAAGAACAGCUGAGCAAAAAGGGAAAUUACAGGUAA